AUGUUCGCUCGUCUAUCUGCCGCUUUCGUUGCCUUCACCCUCGCCACCGCUGUCAUCGCCGCCCCCGGUGGCCGACCCAGCGAGGUUGAGUACGAGCAGUGCAAUGGUGGCACAGUUCAGUGCUGCAACAGCUACCAGAAGGCCGACUCCAUCGACCACAGCGCCAGCAAGCUCCUCAACCUGCUCAACAUCGACGUCAAGCAGGUCGCUGCUGGCCUUGGUCUCAGCUGCACCGGUGUCAACGUCGUCGGUAUUGGAGGUGGUUCCUCUUGCACCCAGCAAAAGGUCUGCUGCAACAACAACAGUUUCAAUGGUGUCGUUGCCCUUGGCUGCACCCCCAUCAAUGCUUCUCUCUAG